AUGGGUGGUUCACGUGUUCGCUCAUUUAUAUCAACAUUCGGAGGUCCCAAAAACAAUGCUUCCGGAAAGCUGAGUCGCAAAUCUUCCAAUAAUGCCUCCCCUAUUGAAACCCCACCUCGAUGGGAGACACCAUCACCCGAUACCCCGUCACCACCCACGGAAUUUGCCCCAGUAGGUGGUUCAACUCCAAGGAGUGGUGAAAUUGGGUCGCGACCUGCAUCCAUGAUCUUUUCAAACAACCCUCCUCUAAUGGCGCAGGUGGAUGGUACUCCACCGGAGCUAUCGCCGAUCUUUUCCUUCCUCAACAUUCACACCAAUAAAGUCUAUCACGAAGGCUACUUCCUGAAACUGAAUGACCAAGAUAAUCAUGGGCGGCCGUGUCUCGAUCGGCAGUGGAAAGAAUGUUACGCUCAACUUGUUGGGACAGUCCUUUCAUUAUGGGAUGCCACUGCGCUGGACGGAGCUGGCGGGCAAGAGGUCCCAGCGACUUUUAUCAACGUCGCAGACGCGUCGAUCAAAAUGAUUGAAACGUUACCGAUCAGAAAUGGAGCGGCAGCACCGCUGAACAAUGUUCUUAGUAUCUCGUCCGCAGGGAAAAAUCGAUAUCUGCUGCAUUUCCGCUCAUUCCAUUCCAUGUGCGAGUGGACUGCAGCAGUCCGUCUUGCCAUGUUCGAACACACCUCUUUAUAUGAAGCAUACACCGGCUCUCUCAUUGCGGCCAAAGGAAAGCAUCUUAAUAGUAUCCAAUCAAUCCUAGCCCCGGCAAAAUUCCGACAAGAAGACUGGGCGCGGGUACGGUUUGGCGCAGGGACUCCGUGGAGACGAUGCUGGUUUGUGAUCAACCCUCCAGACGAGAAGCAGGUCGCGAAAGCUCGAAAAGCCUUGAAGAAAUCAGCAUACGAUCGUCUAUCCAUUCCCGUCACGGGAAAUAUUCAGUUCUUCGAAACUCGGAAGACCAAAAAGGCAAUCCCGAUUGCAACAUUGACCCAUGUAUAUUCGGCAUAUGCAAUCUACCCACAAUCGAAGGCUUUGAUCGACCAAUCCAGUCUGGUCAAAUUAGAAGGCCGGAUCACGAUACACGAGCAGAAUCAAUCCACCACGGAGGGUUUUGUGUAUGUCAUGCCCGAGUUGCAUGCGGCGAUUUCUGGAUUUGAAAUGAUGUUGCGAUUCCUUUUCCCGACAUUCGAUACCUUCAACCUCUAUGGCCGGCCGACUCGUCUCGUAGCAGACACCAAUCAUAUUAAAAGCAUCAUGUUUGCUUUCCCUCAAGAGCGUCGAUUUGGAUAUUUGGAUCUCAUGGAUAUCACCAGCCUUCUUCAGACUCCAGGGAGCCAAGGUUGGAGUGAAGCCGAGUGGAGGCGACAGCUGAAAGAAGCGACCCAGAAGAGAGCUUCAACGGGCCGAAGCAGGACUAAUAGCGUCAACAGCGCUCGGCCACGGUACCGCUCAAGUAUAUCUGGAAACCACUUCACCCCAGCCGAGUCUCCACGUCGACCUUUCCCAGCAGAGAGCAAGUCCGAGUUCAGCAAUACAGAAGCAGUAAUACGCGAGGUUCCUAGAGCUGAGCCUCCUGCCUAUCAUAAUCGCGGGAUGUCAGACAUUACAGGAAUGCAGACAGGGCCUAGGCCUGGCUAUUCAUCUCUGGACUCAAACUCACCUGACUCUUCCGCCCAGGAUUUGGUGCAACGUGACAGACAAGCUGCUUUGGCAGCUCCUAUCAUGGAGCAAUACAAUUCUCAGAUGGAGCGACACCCUGCCCUGGUCCAUGAAGAGCAACUUCCACCGCGCACGCCACCUUCUCCUGUCGCGAGCCCACCUGCCUUCGCACACGGCCCUCGAGAGAUGCCGCCAAACCGUCCUUACGCAACUACGGCGCAGCGAUUAGCCAAUAAUCGCAUGUCCAAUGCGACAUUAGCGCAGUUAACAUCCGUUGGUCGGACAGGUGGAACAGCGUUGGCUUCACAGGACUCCUCGUCCCCAGCCAGCGAUCAGCAGUCCCAAGACCAGGAAUCCCAGGCACCAUCUCCCGCCCCUGCUGUGCAAUUUGCAGAGCCCACAAGCUCGCCGAACCCGCAGCUCACCCAUCAGUCCAGUGACGAAGCAUUCCGUUUUGCUGUCGCGAUGCGAGCUUCGCUCAGUAUGGACGAUCGGCCUGCAACGUCCAGCACCACGGGGUCCUCGUCACCGCAACGCAAGUUUCCACUUGACUCGUCCAAGUCUUUGAAACGGAAACCACUUCCUCAAAGACAGAUACCCAAUGGAGAGCCCCUGUCUCCCGGAGAACCCAGUCUGGAUGACCUUCGGCACACUCUGGACGAAGAUGCACUCAAUCGCAUUGCCCCUCACCUUUCAUCUCCUGUGACUCCGACUGGAAACCAGGCAAUGGAGGAAGAGAGCGUUUACGAUGAUGCUGCUUCUACAGUUUCGCCCGAUUACGCAAGCACUCAUGGCUCGAUAUACAGUAAGAAGUCUCAAAAAUCAACCAAACCGCGAAUGGGUGUCAUGAAGACCGUGGGAGAACCUGCCAAACGCGAUUUCGUCAUUGGAGAUGCUCACUACUCAACCGAGAAGCCCAAAGAAGCCAACCCGGAUAUUCCUUCUGUUGAUUUCGGACCCACAAUGACUUACAUGCCUACCACUGGACGCCCAAGUACAGGCGACGCCUUACGCAGGGAGUCUCACCAGAGAAAGGAUUCAGAAGCUGAAAGAUACAGGCUUUCGGUGCCCUCGAACACCAUGGACAUUGGACAUUACCGGUCCCCCGGCCAGGAGGAACACAGACGGAGUAUGCUCUGGCAGCCUGGAAUGGCUUCCAACCGUCCUACCACCCCUGGCGGAGGUCUCACCCCGGAGCAGUAUGUCCAGCAACGCGCAGCGCCUAGUCCCCCGGUGCACAUGCACACUCGAUCUCCAUCUAACAACACCCCACCACCACAGCGUCCAAUUUCGGGAGAUUGGACACAGUACACCCGCCCUGGCUCCCGCAUGACUAGCCAGGAGCUCAACUACCGGCCCUCUUCGCGGGGCACAAGCCCAAUGCUCAACUACGACAUUUCGAAUCAUCUGUCGGCCCGAGAACAAGAACACGUUGCACGAGUGACCAAUUCUCCGUUUUUCAAUAUGUCACAAGACAAUCGCCGACCACAAGUUCCUGUUAAUCCCGGAGGCCUGGUGUCAACCAUCGAUACCCGCGAACGAGAGAGGCGUGAGAUGAGAGAGGGAUUUUCCAACCAGAUGGUCCAGAGUGCGAUCAAUCAACGCCAGCAUCACAUGAGUAACCAGCAAGCCGAUGCCCGUUAUUAUGGCUCAAUGUAUCCAGCUCAGUCUUUGGCCCAGCAUCAACCACAAUCUCGUCCAAACGCUAUGUACAAUAUGGCUGGCGCAAAUCGCACAUGGGAUGCUGUUCACCAAAUGAACCGACCUGAAGAACCUCGCCGUCAGUCUUGGUACGGUCAGCUUGGUCCGACACAACAUAUCCCGACAAACUACCAACAUAGCCAAACCUAUGCUCAACACGGAGUAUACCCCGGCAACCCCAACGUCAUGCAUCACUAG